UCAGAGUGAAGCUUCUCCUGGGGAGAGUGAAGACCCAUUUCAGUCGUGUAGAGGAUCCCACAGGCACAUAAAUGCAGUAUCUCAACGUAAAAGAAGAUUGCAAAGCCAUGGCUUUCUGUGCAAAAAUGAGGAGCACCAAGAAGAAUGAGCUCAACCUGGAAGCUCAGCACCAGGGGCUGGAAAUCCUCUUCUACCUGCAGGACAAAGCCCCCAUCUCUUACUCCAGCGGCGAGUUCACCUCGGAGGAGCUGUGCAUUGAGGCUGCCCAGAGGUGUUCUGUGUCCCCCCUGUGCCACAACCUCUUUGCUCUGUAUGAUGAGAACAAAAAGCUCUGGUAUGCACCAAACCAGGUGUUCAAGGUGGAGGAAAAAUCAUCCUUCAGGCUCCAUUACCGCAUGAGAUACUAUUUCACCAACUGGCACGGGACCAGCGAGAGCGAGCCCUCGGUGUGGAGGCACUCCCCCAGGAGGGCCAAGGCCUAUGACAAGAAGCUGGCCCCUGAGGGGACCCCCAUCCUGGAUGCCAAUUCCCUGGAAUACAUGUUUGCACAGGGCCAGUAUGACCUAGUGAAGGGCCUGGCACCCAUCCGAGAUCCCAAAAACGACCAGGAGGUCCAUGAGAUUGAGAAUGAGUGUCUGGGGAUGGCUGUCCUGGCCAUCUCCCACGAUGCCAUCAAGAAAAACGUGAAGCUGCCAGAGCUUCCCAAGGACAUCAGUUACAAGCAUUAUAUCCCCGAGACUCUGAACAGGACCAUCAGGCAGAGGAAUUUCUUGACCAGGAUUCGGAUCAAUAACGUGUUCAAGCAUUUCCUGAAGGAGUUCAACAACAAAACCAUCUGCAACAACAGCGUCUCCCCUCGGGACCUGAAGGUGAAAUAUUUAUCCACCAUGGAGGUCCUGACCAAAUAUUACGGGGCAGAGAUCUUUGAGACCUCGUUUCUGCUGAUUUCUGCUGAGAACGAGAUGAAUAAAUUCAACUGUGGAGACAACGAGAAGUACGAGGUGAUGGUGACGGGGAACAACGGCAUUCAGUGGAGGCUCAAGCCCAGUCCUGUCCAGACAGAGAAAGAGAAGAAGAAAAAAUCCGAUGGCAAAACCAAAAAGGAGGAAGAGAGGCACAAACUUCGGGAGACGUGGAACAACUUCUCCUACUUCCCUGAGAUCACCCACAUCGUCAUCAAGGAGGCCACAGUCAGCAUCAACAAGCAGGACAACAAGAGGAUGGAGCUGCGGCUGGGCUCGCACGCCGAGGCGCUGUCCUUCACCUCGCUGGUGGAUGGCUACUUCAGGCUGACUGCAGAUGCCCACCACUACCUGUGCACCGACGUGGCUCCCCCCCUCAUCCAGCACAACAUCAGCAACGGCUGCCACGGCCCCAUCUGCACGGAAUAUGCCAUCAACAAGCUGAGGCAGGAGGGCAACGAGGUGGGCAUGUACGUGCUGAGGUGGAGCUGCACCAACUUCAACCACAUCCUGAUGACUGUGACGUGUCUGGAGGGCUCAGAGUCUCAGGGAGAACACCUGGGAAGAGGGACCAGGACCCAGAUUUACUCAGGGAUGCUCAGCCUCAAGGAUGAUGAGAACGAAGGGUACCAGAACGAGAGAGAGAUCCGAGUCCUGCUCAAAGUCCUGGACCCCAGCCACAGAGACAUUUCCUUGGCCUUCUUCGAGACAGCCAGCAUGAUGAGACAGGUGUCCCACAAGCACAUCGUGCUCCUGCACGGCGUCUGCGUCCGCGACCUGGAGAAUAUCAUGGUUGAGGAGUUUGUUGAAUGUGGGCCUCUGGAUCUGUUCAUGCAUAAGAAAAGUGAAGUUCUCACAACCCCGUGGAAAUUCAAAGUGGCCAAACAACUUGCAAGUGCCCUGAGCUACCUGGAGGACAAGGACUUGGUGCAUGGCAAUGUGUGCACCAAGAACAUCCUGCUGGCCAGAGAGGGCAUUGACACCGAGUACGGGCCCUUCAUCAAGCUGAGUGACCCAGGAAUCCCCAUCACAGUGCUCUCCAGGCAAGAGCGCGUCGAGCGCAUCCCCUGGAUUGCACCUGAGUGUGUUGAAGAUUCCAAAAACCUCAGCAUUGCUGCAGAUAAGUGGAGUUUUGGUACAACCCUGUGGGAAAUCUGCUAUAAUGGAGAAACUCCACUGAAAGACAAGACCUUAGCAGAGAAGGAGAGGUUCUACGAGGGGCACUUUGUGCUGGCCACGCCGUCCUGCAAGGAGCUGGCAGACCUGAUGAAGCAGUGCAUGAACUACGACCCCCACCAGAGACCCUUCUUCAGGGCCAUCAUGAGGGACAUCAACAAACUGGAGGAGCAGAAUCCUGAUAUUGUCUCAGAGAAGAAACCUGUCACCGAGGUGGAUCCCACCCUCUUUGAGAAGAGGUUCUUGAAAAGAAUCCGGGAUCUGGGGGAGGGCCACUUUGGCAAGGUGGAGCUGUGCAGGUAUGACCCAGAAGGUGACAACACCGGGGAGCAGGUGGCAGUGAAAUCCCUGAAGCCGGAGAGCGGAGGGAAUCACAUCGCUGACCUCAAGAAGGAAAUUGAAAUCCUGAGGAAUCUUUAUCACGACAACAUCGUCAAAUACAAGGGGAUUUGCACAGAAGAUGGAGGAAGUGGGAUUAAGCUCAUCAUGGAAUUCCUUCCCUCUGGGAGCCUGAAGGAGUAUCUCCCACGGAACAAGAACAAGAUCAAUCUCAAGCAGCUGCUCAGAUAUGCAGUUCAGAUCUGCAAGGGCAUGGACUACCUGGGCUCCCGUCAGUACGUGCACCGUGACCUGGCAGCGAGAAACGUCCUGGUGGAGAGUGAGAACAGGGUGAAGAUUGGGGACUUUGGGCUCACCAAGGCCAUCGAGACGGAUAAGGAAUAUUACACCGUCAAGGACGACCGCGACAGCCCCGUCUUCUGGUACGCCCCGGAGUGUUUGCUGCAGAGCAAGUUCUACAUCGCCUCCGACGUGUGGUCCUUCGGGGUGACGCUCUACGAGCUCCUCACCUACUGUGACUCCGAGUCCAGCCCCAUGGCAGAGUUCCUGAAGAUGAUCGGCCCCACGCAGGGACAGAUGACGGUGGCACGGCUCGUGCGGGUCCUGCAGGAGGACAAGCGGCUGCCACGGCCACCCAGCUGUCCUGAGGAGGUGGAUCAGCUGAUGAGGAAGUGCUGGAUCUUCAAACACGACGAACGCACCACCUUCCACAACCUGAUCCAAGGAUUUGAAACCAUUAUGAGUAAAAUGUAAUUACUUUUUUUAAAAUCCUGUCAGGACUUUAAAUGCCCAGCAAACUAUCUAUGCCCAAGGCUAUUAUUUUUUUUAUUUUUUGUUUUACUCCUGUAAUUUGUACUCUGGCUGGGCUGUUGUGGUUAUAAAGGAUUCUUUUGCCAACAGAUUGAAGAGUUGGCUUAAAAGAAUUUAAAAGGUUUGGGCAAAACGAGCUCCAGCUCCCUUAGCUGCUGUUCUUGCAGGGCAGUUUUAUCCUGCUCUGCUUCUGGCUGUGCCACAAGUGCAAUUGCCCUGAUGGACGAUGUGAGCUGGGGAAAUCCACUGCAUUUCUCAGCUCAAACCUCAGCCAGUGGCUGCAAGAGAGCUCAGUUAAUAAUUUCAAAGUCGUCUGACAAAAUAUCCUUCACAUGCACUUAAAUCCUCGUAGCAAACAAAACAACUUUGGCAUAAAAAUACACGGGAAGCAAAAUUUUCAGCUCUUUUUGAACCCACCAGGCCCAGUCCUGAGCUCUUACAGGUAUUAAAAAAAAAGUGUUCAAAGACACCACCCCAGGAGUGCAAGGGGUGGGCACAGCUGUGCAUUUCAGUGAGAAGCCCAGUUCUGGGAUAAAUAAUUUGCUUUUCCUACCUGCACACCCACACUCUUCCCCUGGCGCUCCCAGCCUGGCUGAAAGUGCAUCCCUGGAGCUGAGGGAGGGGCAGGGAAGGAAUUCAUGGAGCUGGGAAGGAAGGCAGUCCAUGGCCAGAACCUGGAGAGGAGCACCCUAAAGGAACAAGGCCUGAGCACCCAGGGGUGCCCAGGGACUGGGAACCCCACCAACCAUUUUUUAAAGAACAUUUUGACUGGAACCUUCUGCUGCCAUCAUUUUUCCUAUCACACCUGGAGUUGGAAAAAGCUCUGAAGAGAUCCUCAAGUUUUGGCAAUAAUAGAAAGAGGUAUAUAUAUAUAUAAAUAUAUAUAAAUAUAUAUAAAAAGUGGUUAUUAUGAGCUCCAAGGAGGUCAGAUUUAUUUUUACAGUGUUAUUGUUUCUGUAUGUCACUUAGGAAGCUGAAUUUAAUCUGUAAGCACUUUGUUACUCUUUAUACAAACAAGUCUAAUAAAUUUUUUUUCUCCA